AUGAGGAUUAGCAGUGCUUUCCUAGACAGAGUCACUCAGUCACCUGGGAAAACGCCUAAAUCCUACGUUGUUGAGGAAAGAGAGCGGCUCUUUCGCCUUCGUGCAACUUCCAGUGGAUACAUCCACCUGUUGCUUCACCUUUCUCCAUCCCAACUGUGCUUUGAUGAUAGCGGGAUACAGAAGAAGCCAAUACUUACUCCCACCUCCUUUUAUUCUUUCCUUCCUUUGCCUUUCAAAUUUCCUCAUUCUAAACCUUUUCUUUUAAUCUUUGUUACUACCUUACUUUCUUUUUCCUCAUUUCUUUCUUUUUCUUUACCCCUCUUUUCUUUUGACAUCUGCACUCGCUUAGUUAAGCUCUUUUUUUUUUUCGUUUUUUUUUCACUUUCUCAUUUCUCUAAUUCCUUUGUUUUCUUUCUUUCUUUCUUUCUUUCUUCUGGCAUACUAAAACUAUCAUCUUUUCUUUCAAUUUGUCGCCCUUUCUUUCUUUUUUUUGAUAUCUACACCGGGUUAUUAAAGUUCAUUCUUUUAAUCUCUAAAGCUUUCUUUCUUUCUUUCUUUUACAUUUUUCCACUCUUCUCUCUACUUUGUUUGUUUGUUUGUUUGUUUCUUUUUGCGUAG